UUGUUCCUUUUUCAAUGUAAACCCUGUUUUUUUUCUUGAAUGAUGUUAGCUCAAUCUGUGUUUACAUUCUGCGAAGUCAUCACCGUUUCCAUUUUCGCCGUCUUCUCUCUUCGUCUCCUCCUAAGGUUCGUCACACGUCCAUGGCGUCGCCACAGCACCUUCACGUUCCGCAGCCGCCAGGAGAUAAAGACGGUGAACGAUCAUUUGUCUCCGCCGUAUUGCGCCGUCUGCAUGCAAGAGGCAGAGGAAGGAGACAAGAUGAGGAGAUUGGCGAUUUGUAGUCACUGUUUCCACACAGACUGUAUCGAUACAUGGUUUUGUGAGAUGACGACGUGUCCGUUGUGUAGAGCUGAGAUUCCGCCUUUACCUCCGGUGAAUCCUCUGCUCUUACUGUUUGUUUCUGCCGGUGUACUCGAUUUGUUCAGCAACAAAUAGUUCUGAUGAAACCAUCACCGUCUCGACGCGUAGCGUAGCCCU